AGCACAAAUGGAACUGCUUAUAUUUCCUUUGGACAGUGGGUUGGUGCAAUCAUCCUAUAUACGUAUGUAUUUCACAUGUUGGCACCUCCGCCAGAAGGUACCUUUGAUAUGGAAGAGGUAAAUCUUCCCAUCAAAAAUGCUCCAAAGGAUAGCUUGCCUGAGCAAGUUCCAUUGCUGAACCUGGAGGCUGCGCCAAUAGAGUCAAACGAAUCAAAGAAAGGAAAGGUAACACAGAUUUUGAUUUUCCUUUACGAGAACUUGAAGCUCAAGCAAAUUCUUCAGCCCGCUAUUAUUGCUUCAAUUUUAGCCAUGGUAAUUGGUGCAGUGCCAGUUUUGAAACAUUUGAUAUUUACAACAGAUGCUCCACUUUUCUUCUUCACAGACAGCUGCAUUAUUCUUGGGGAAGCCAUGAUUCCAUGCAUUUUGUUGGCAUUGGGAGGCAACCUUAUUGAUGGACCAGGAAGUUCAAAACUUGGUUUCCGGACAACCGCAGCUAUUAUUUUUGGGCGUUUGGUUUUGGUGCCUCCUAUGGGACUUGGCAUUGUAACCUUGGCUGAUAAGCUUGGCUUUCUUCCUCCUGGUGACAUGAUGUUCAAAUUCGUCUUACUCCUUCAGCAUACAAUGCCAACAUCUGUCCUUUCGGGUGCUGUUGCUAAUUUAAGAGGUUGUGGAAGGGAAGCGGCUGCGGUCCUGUUCUGGGUUCAUAUUUUUGCAGUUUUCUCCAUGGCAGCAUGGAUUGUUCUCUAUCUGAACUUACUCUUUUAGAACUCAACUGCAUCAAGCCAAUUCUGAGCUACAAAUGCUUUCACCUUUUGCUAUCAAGUCUCCUGUCAAAAUUUUAUGUUAAUAGCUCAAGCACAUUGUUUAGAAUCUCUAGAUUCUUUCCAGGGUAGGAAAUGGGGACAGAACAUGCAAAGAGCAUAGAGCGCCUGUGUUUAUAAAAGAAUGUUGAGUUGUUUACCAAUUUCUUUUUCUGCUUGAUGCAACUCAGUUAUCAGUUACCUCCGAAGGAGAAGUCAGCUUUAGUUAUUAAAUGCUCGGCCAGAAU